AUGUGGGCGACGCGUGUUUGCAACGAGGCAUCCGCGUUCUUGUCUGUGGAUUCGAAAAUCUUGUUUGCAUCUCCAGACUCUCUCCUCCUCCGCAUACAGGGCGCCCUCGUUAUCGCUGAGACUUUGCUGCAGGAUAUUCGCUCUCAACGUCCACUUUUUGCCAAUAACCAGCCCCCGUCGUCUUCAUCAUCCCCAAACCAUCUUGAUUCUCUUUUUCAAAAUCUAAAUCAGCCCUUAUCUCAACAGCAAUAUGGCCCUGCUGCAAAUCCUUACGGAAAUUCUGCUCCAGCCACGCCUAAUAUCUCUACUGCGAACGAUGACGCAGCCUCGACAGGUUCUGCGCCGGCAAUAUCGUCAACAACGGACAGACAGAGCGCUCUCCUCUCUCUUCUAUAUACUACUUCCUCCUCGCCUGGAAGCAUCAGAGGACCUCCUACUGGACCUCCUGCUCAGAUGACUCAGCAGGUCCCCACUCCUCCCGCCUCAUCCCAGAGAUCGGGGCAGUCUCCUUCAAACAACAGUGAAUCUCAAGGAAAAUUUCUGCUAGAGCAAUUAAUGUCUGGCACUUCGCGUUCUACCUUUCCUGACUCUCCGCCAGUCACCUUACCUCAGUUGGCUCCUGCUUCUACUCAAUAUGCACCCCAACCAACGGCAUCGCAGAUGCAGCAAGAAACGUACGCAAACUAUCAUGAAGGUGGUGGAUACCUCCAGCUCGAAGAGUCGCAAGGAUUGCAAGAUCCGCAGAUACAAGCACAGCCACCGGUUCAACAGCAAUCCCAGCCUCAGCCUCAGCAGCAGUCGUCUCCAUCCCCAAGUCGCAAGUCCAUGUUCGACUUCGUCUCGCCGUUUGAUGCGCUGGCGUCAUCGUCGUCGACUGUGAAGAAGAAGCCUGUUCCCGCAGCGCCACCCAGUGCAUCGAGUGGCAACGAGGAUUCAUGGACUUCGGCAUCUCUGGCCGAUCCGAAGCGCAAGUCUGUAGAGAAUUUGAUUGAGCAACUUACGAGGACGCAGCCACCACCCCCUCUCCAGCCGCCAUCUCCCUCCUAUGACCCUUAUAGCACUACGGACGAGUUUUCUCAGGUAGAAGUACAGCCUACGCAGCAACAGCAACGUCCGCCUCCUCUUCCACCUAAGCCUAUGCGUGCGGCGUCGCCGAGGUCGUCGCCACCGAAGAUGUCGGGGCAACAGCGCCCCCCUCAGGUUCGCUCGGUCGAAUCCCCUGUAGGGCCCCAGCCUUUGCCCCAAUCUGUUAGAAGAGAUAAAGAAAGCUCCCCGGGUCCUCGUGGUCUUGGGUGGAAAGGAGAGGGUAAAGGGAAAGGUAUCUCCAAGGCCAAGAGUCAAUCAAGUCCUAGCUCUCAGGCCCAAAGUAUUGUGUUUGAUGUUUCUCAGGCACUGGACGACAUUCAGGCGCCCAGAGACGCCGUUAAGUCGACUGCUAUCGCGCUGGUCAAGCAGGACGCGGUCUUUUUGCCUGGUACUACCAUUGGCGCUACGCACUGGAUUGCUUACGCCAUGACGAAAGGCCGUGUUCGUGUUAUCUCACGAUCCAGCGGUGACCGUACACUCCUUCAAUUGCCGUCCCCCUUCCCUCCUUCUACCUCGGUCAUCGAUAUGGCCGUCUAUGGUAACAGGCUUGGAGGUGUCACUUCAGAUGGUGGUUUUGUUGUUUGGGAAUUGCCCGAGGUCAUCACGGACGACGUACCUGGCAGACUCCUCUUGUGCGUCGUGCCUAGCGGAGAUGUAGAUUCACUGCAGUCCGUCAAGUGGCAUCCUAAGCAGCCCGACACGCUUGCUGUGGCCUCAGAGUCCCAGAUGUUCGUGCUUGAUUUGACAGAUGCCGCUCAGAUUUACAGGGGUGAACCUUUGAGUCAUGCAGACCUUCACCGCAUUGCACAGGUUUUCUCUGUACCUUCGCGUCUCGUCGCAUUCGAUUUCGACGUCCCUCAUUAUGCGAUCGCCACUAUAUCCGAAGAUUCAACCUUGACUCUCUGGAACGUCCACGACAAACUGCCCUUCUGGUCCCACAAAGUUCGUGGAGAUGAUGUUCCGUCGUCGCUGACCUUCAUCGACGAUGGCAUUGUGAUUGGGAGGAAGAAUGGAACUAUCUUCCAGCUCCUCUCAGUUAUCACCAAAAAUGUCUUGUCGACUUUCAAGUUCGUCAAUGGCAACAGGGAAGAUCCUGAGAUGUUUGGACACGUCAAUUACGACUCGAGGAUUCAGACGCUCUGGGUUGCCAAUAACCGCAGGGACAGUCUCAUCGCUCUCAAAGUUGGCUUCGAUGUCUCUAGCUCUCCUUCUGGGGAGCUAAUUCGUGGAGGUUACUUUGAACAGACCGUUGAGUUCUCUGGCCCUAAGCCCACCAUCCACUUCGUUAUUUUAUCGGCAGACGCCGAUCCCACAGGUGAUGAAGCACACGCGGCCUGCAUCGCAGCUAAGGUACCUCCGGGUGAACUUGCUUUAGUUGCUUUCUCUGUCCACUCUAGUGGUGUGGACCAAGUCCUUAUUAGAAAAGAGUGGUUUGACACCGCGCUUAUGACCGCGCCUUCAAAGUUCCCUCCUUACUCUCAAGCUGCGGUCGCUGAUAAAGCUCCCCGUCAACAUCAAAUUCCGGUUUCCAGCGGCAUUAAUCUGUCGAGUUCUCAGCAGGUCACUCAGACCAUUGUUCCGGCGAGAUUAAGGACACCUCCCUCUGAAGAGGUCGAAGGCGAUACAGCACGUGAUGAAGUUCGUGUUCCUGAGACAAAGGGCAAGGCCCCCAAAGGCAAGAAUGUUGCGUUCAGAGAUCGUGAUGAGAACGGAAAAGAGAAGGAGAGGGAAAGGAGCGCCAAAAGCGGUGAUUCGGCGUCUGGUGAUUCGGUCCUUACCCAAUCUCUUGCGAAGGAGAUUAGGAAGAGUGAGGAGAGCUUGCAUACACGUAUCGGCAGGCUCAUUGGGAAAGAGAUGGACAAGCAGCAUCAACGAUUGGAGGAGGCCCGUGCACAUGAGCAGGCGGAGGACUUUACUCGCCAAGAGAAGAUUUUGAAGCUUAUCUCGACGGAACUCACGAGGAAUACAACUCGUGUUGUCGAGAUGGCUGUUAAGGCUGAAGUGCAGAAUUCUGUUCUCCCCGCUUUGGAAAAUAUCACGAGGACGGAGGUUAGGUCGGCGCUCAACGAGCAUGUGGGACGAGGUCUUGCAGAAUUUAUACAACAGAGCUUGCCAAAUGAAAUUGAGAAACUGCUUGUUCGCCCUGACAUUUCCAACCACUUUGCUAGUAUCUUAUCAUCCAACUUGAAUCCUCUCAUUGAAAGAUACGUCAAAGAUGUCAUUACUAAAUCAUUUGUACCCGCGUACUCCCAACAAACGUCGUCGAUGCAUCAAGAAAUCAUCCGGGAGAUGCGGACUGAAAUUAUGAGCGUUAAAAAAGAUUCUAUUGCUUAUCAGACCGAGACUGCCCGCAGUCAAGAGUCUUUGAUUAGAGAUCUUGAACACUCGGUUAGAAUGCUGUCGGAUCAAGUGAAGUUCCUGACUAUGAAUGCUUCUGCUGCCAUGGGGCCCGCCCACCACCGCUUACCUCCAAGUGGCUCCCCAAUCCCUACUGGGCCCAGCCUUGGACAAAUGAACCAGAUGAGGUCACAGAAUCUCCCCCCCACCUCUCAGGCGCCACCUCCUUCUUACGGUGGUCAGCCUUCGUAUCAACAGCAGCAGCAACAGCAACAGCAACAACAGCAACCACCUUCGAUGCACGGGUCAUGGUUCCCCUCUGGUAUCGCUGCACCUCAGGCGUCUCAUCCUGUCGCGCCUCCGCCCCCGCCCCCACCCCUCCCGAAGCGCACACCUCCGGCUUCAACUGAAGAGUGGGAUGAUACAUAUCUCGCCGUCUUGGGUACCCAGGAUCCAAGGCAGCUGCGGGAGCUUCUUUCACGAUCCAACCCGGAGAUCGUUAUGCCGAUGAAUAGUCCAGGACCUUUGUCGCAAGCUGUCGUGUUGACUCUUUUGCACCGCUUGGCGGCGGCUGUUGGUGAAACCCCGCCAGUUGAUGAAGGCUUCAAGUCUGCGCUGUGGUGGCUGCAAAGGACCGCUGCAGUCUUAAACACCAGCGACCCUCUUAUCGCUCCCUAUGUUGCACGUGUUGUGCCCAAUGUUCAAGGAAUGCUUAACUCUACUAAGCAACGACUGGCGAUUCUCCCUGGCGGAUCUCAGCUCGUGGACUCAGCAAGAGCAAUUACUGAUAUUCAAGAUGCAUUAAACCGUAAAUCCAUGUGAAAAUAUGCAAAAUCCUAUGGCAGAUAAGAAAAAAAAUAGAUCGUACAGCUAUGUGGUAUGAAUGUUCUCGGUCUUUGCUCCUCGUCCUGAUGUUUGAAACGUUUCCUUGCGACGACUUUUUGAUUUUGAUUUUCACGAUUUUUACGUUUUGCUUUCUUUGUUGUACGUCUUGAUGACAUCCAAUCAAACUAUUUUUUCCAUUGUAGUACUUGUACUUUCAAAUUGCGACAGUAGUCAAUGUGCGUUGAUAAACGAUGCAAUCUUGUUUUCUAGUUGCUUCUGACCAUGUGUUAAAUGGAUUCGGUUAGCUGACAAAA